UGCCAGAUAGUUGCCAAAUGGCAAUGUCUUGUAGUUGUAAAAUAAUUCCCAAAUUGCACCAAAUUUCCGCAGUAAAUUCGACGCAAGCGUUAUAAAUAAGCAGUAACUAACAAGUGGAAAAGUUAGGGUCUUGACUAAAUUGAAUUACACACGAUAUAAAAGCAACGGCACAAUUCUAACAAAUUCGCAGAAUGGAUCCAUCAACAAUAGAAUUUAUUGGCGAGAAAUGCAUGAUUAGCAUUAUUCCAAAUUUCUCCAAUGAGCCGCUGCAUUUAAUUUAUGGCUCUGUGGGUCCAUUCCGGGCCGGCUUUCCCGUGUUUGUGCCUCUUUGGCUGGCGGCUCAUCUUCGAAAGCAACAAAAAUGCCGCAUUGUCCCGCCAGAAUGGAUGGAGCUGGAAACACUAGAAGAAAUCAAGGAGGAAGAGAAGCGUUCCAAAUUCUUUACUAAGAUGCCCAGCGAGCAUUACAUGGUUGUAGCACAAUUGGUCAUGAGCACGGCGCCGGAUGAUGUGCCGCGCUGCGAGGAGCUGCGCACUGUCAUCAAGGAUAUAUUCGACAUACGUGAAUCAAAGCUGCGCACCUCCAUAGACGCAUUCAUUAAAGGCGAAGGCACCUAUGCCAAGCUGGACAAUUUAACCCUACUGGAAAUACACAGUGUUCGACCAAUUCUGCCAUAUUCCCUGGAUCACAUAGCGCGAUAUCAAAGAAUCGCCACGGCAUCCCAGCGGGAUACUUCCAUGCUGGGCAUGAACACCACGGCCAGCGGCACGGGAACAGGCUCAAUGAGCAACUCCUUUUUUACACAGUAACAAAAAGUGAUAACAGUAAUACCUAGAUUCUAGUUAAUUAUAUUUGUAUAUAGAAAUAAGAAAAUCACAUUAAAAUUUUAAUAAACAAUAGAAUGUUUAUUUAAAAAU